AUGAAGGAAAAGUGGGCUUAUUGUCACAUGAAGAAGACUUUCUCAUUGGGAAUGCGAAGUACCCAAAUUAGCGAAAGUGUAAAUGUCGAGAUUAAAGGUUUUACAAAUGUGAAUUUAGACAUUAUCAAGUUUUUUAAGCGUUUUGAGGAUGUUGUAGAAGAAAAGUGGUACAAUGAAUUGAAGUGUGAAUAUGAAGCACGCCAAAAGAUUCCCAAACUCAAGAACAUAUAUUCCAAUAUAUUGAAACAAGUGUCUGAGCUUUAUACUCCCACUAUUUUUGAUAUAUUCCAAAAUGAGUAUGAGUUAUUUGAAGCAUGUUGUGUGAAGAGCAUGGAUAAUAAAUCAUCACAGUUUGAUUGUGUCAUUGCCAUGGAAGAGGACUUGGGAGAGUGGAAAGUGUCAUACGAUUCUGAUAAGAAGUCAAUUUCUUGUUCAUGUCGUAAGUUUGAGACCUUUGGUAUACUAUGUUGUCAUUGUAUCAGAGUUUUUAUCCAUCUGGGUGUCAAAUCAAUGCCUGAGCAAUACAUCUUGAAGAGGUGGACAAAGUUAGCAAGAAGUGGAACUUCACCUAAUGUUGUUCUUAGCAAUAUAGUAGAAGAUGAGCGCUUGUCCACAAGGUUGCUUAACAAAGUUAUAGAGUUGGAAAACAACAAUGAUGGUUCAACACAUGUGAGAGGUUUCAAGAAAAGAGAGGGUAAAAGACGUUCAAGACGUUUGAGAAGUUGGGUGGAGCGCCAACUUGUCAAAAGAAAGAAGAUUGACAACUCAAAUGCUUCACAAAGUCAAGAACCUACUACGAACGAUGAUGGUAAAAGGGGUAAAAUGAGCAUGAAAGGGAAAGGUCAACAACAAGUUACCAAAAAAAGAAGAGGUGAUAAUUCAAGUGCUACACAAAGUCAAGAACCUACUAAGAAUGAUGUUGGUAAAAAGGGUAUGAAAAAGAAAGGUCAACAACAAAUUACCAAAAAAAGAAGAGGUGAUAAUUCAAGUGUUGCACAAAGUCAAGAAACUACUAUGCAAACUCAAUUUCAUUAUUAG